UAAGUUGGAAAAAGAAAAAAAACUGAAGUAGAAACAGAGGCCGGCCUGGCAAAUCUGGAAACUAGCUACUCCGUUCAAAUCACCAACUUUAUUUUAUCACUCUGAAAGUAAAUUCAGAUCGGCGAGAAGUUAGAAGGUAGCAUUUGGGCGUGAAAUGUCAAUGGGGACCGAUACCACUUGGGUUGGGAAGAAGCCUUUGAGGCGCAUCGGAGGAAUGUCCGAUGCUCUCUCCAUUGCCGCCGAUCUUGGUUUCUCUGUUCCCCCUCCUCCUUCUCAGGAAGAAGUGCAAAACUUAUCAUCUGCUACAGGAGAAAAGGGUGAUGACUUGAUAAAGGUAUUAAGAGAGCUAACCACUGUACAAAGAAAGAUAGCCGAUUUGCAAGUUGAACUACAGGGCCGAAAGGAUGACAAAAAUGUUGCACACCUUACACACGUGAGUGAAAUGGAAAAGAAGUGUGAAACAUUGGCGAGGAUUACUACUAUAUUGAAAGAUGUUAUUCAGAAUAAGGAUCGAAUUAUAGCUCGUCUGCAACAACCGUAUUCCCUAGAUUGCAUUCCCGUGGAAGCAGAAUAUCAGAAACAAUUUUCCGAAUUACUGAUGAAGGCUGCAAGUGAUUAUGGUGCAUUGACAACUGCUGUUACUGAUUUCCAAUGGAGCCAAAACUUUAAGGAGCCUCCUUCAGUUUGGGGGGAGAUGCUCCGUCCAAUUCCAGUUGCAUUAGCAUCCUGCACCCGAUUCUUUGAGGCCAUGUCUGCAACGAGAGAGUCAUUUGCAACACUUCAAAGUUUGAGAGUGGGGCAUUCUGCAACCCCAUUACCAACAACACCAGCCAAGGAUCCCUCCCAUAGAGCAAUAGGAGGAGACUCAGAGCACACAACUCUUCCGGCUUGGAAAAACGAAACGAGUUUUGAUGACUUAGCUAUCAAAAGCCUCAGAAGCCAAGAACUUGAACGCCAAGAAGCAGAUGAUGAAAAUAGCGAGGUGGGGGACUUUGAUCCUGUCGAUGGUACAAGCCACAGGAGAUUGUCUUGGCCUCCAUCAGUUAAAAAGAAUGGUCUGUAACCUCUAUCAUGUAAGUAUUUGCUUGCUCUGGUUUGUUUCCUCUCUAGUAAGUAUUGUCUUUAAUCCAUAGUAGUAUUGUUUGCCUGAAAAUUGAGCAAUAAAUAACAGUGAGUCUGCAUAUUAUCUUUCUUUGUUUUCUUCUUUCCCCAAACAUAUUAUUUAUCCACUCAGUGUUCUUAUUUGAAAUCAAUGCUAUGUUUGAAGUCACUUCUCUAA